GACGGGACGCGGAUGGGCCGGCCACGCUCCGCCCCCUGUCCGCCGGCCAAUAGUCGCUGUGUAUUAUUUAUGGUCGGGCCAUUGCCAGAAGUACGGCGUUUGUGCUAAUGUGUCGCCGAAAAUGGGUACGAAGGCGUGUUUGCAAUGCAUUGUCUGCCCCCCGCCUGCACGCCCUGCCUGCCGGGGACGCGACGGCCUGGCAAGACUCACCCUCGGCCUCGGGAUGGCGCGGGAAAGCCAGACAGGCACGAGGGCGAGGGCGAGACGCAACCGAGGACAUUAGUGUGAGGCAUCCGAGGAGGCUAAUCCAUGUGGCUCAGUGAUCGCUGUGGCUCUGGAGAGGGAGUGUGGCUGACGCGGCCCGACGAUCACGCGUGACUGGCGGAAACUGGAAACUUGGGCGCUGCAGGAACUCGCACGCACCGCCUUCUGCGUGUUUCAGUGCUUCGCGGUGAUUCGUGUGUUCGGGUGCCAGCAGUGAGGCGAGGGUACACAACAGCAGUGACGUAUGAUGGGUUUGGCGGCGCGGCGAGGGGCGUGGAGUGUCGUAGUGAAGGAGUAAUAAGAUCCCAGAACCCUUGCUCGGUGCCCUCGCGUGUCUAGACUCGGGAUGGUGGCGGAAGGAUGCGUGAGGCGUGGGCUGGGCGCCUCCAUGGCCGUCUGAACAGCUAUGGCAUGAGUGUGGGCGGCGGCGGCGGCAGGAGAACUUGUUGGUGAAGGCAGGCACAGCGGCGGCGGCGGCGGCGUCAGGAGGAGCAGCUGCGGCGGAGCGUCAGGUGGGGGCAGCAGCAGCAGCAUGAGGGGGGGCGCCGUGCUGCUGAGGGCGGCGGUCGGGGCGCUCCUGCUGCUGACCUGCCCGGCCCUUGCCAGGAUAGUCGGCUCCUGGAUGAACCUUGGCCUGCAGGGCUACGAGGUGUGGAGGAACCCGCAGAUUUACCUGAUCGGCUCCCAGCCACUGUGCACGCAAAUCCCGGGGCUGUCCCUGGGCCAGACCAAGCUGUGCCAACUGUACCAGGACCACAUGGGCAGCGUGGGCCGCGGUGCCAAGACGGGCAUCCACGAGUGCCAGUUUCAGUUCAGGCACCGCAGGUGGAACUGUUCCACCGUGGACGACUCGACGGUGUUCGGCCCCGUCCUGCAGAUUCCCAGCCGUGAGGCAGCGUUCGCCCACGCCAUCGCCUCGGCGGGCGUGGUGUACAGCGUGUCGCGGGCGUGCCGGGACGGGCAGCUCACCACCUGCAGCUGCUCGCCCGCCCGCCGCCCCAAGGAUCUCAAUAAGGAGUGGAUCUGGGGCGGCUGCGGCGACAACGUGGAAUACGGAUACAAGUUCACUCAAGGAUUCGUGGACGUGCGGGAGAGGGAGAAGAACUACAAGCGCGGCUCCCUCAAGCAGGGCCGCCAGCUGAUGAACCUCCACAACAACGAGGCCGGACGGAGGGCUGUUAUUCGAAAGACUCGAGUGAACUGCAAGUGUCAUGGAGUGUCUGGUUCCUGCUCCCUCAUCACCUGCUGGCAACAACUGGCCUCCUUCAGGGAAGUUGGUGACCAGCUGAAGGACAAAUAUGACGGGGCAACCGAAGUGAAGAUCAACCGCCGAGGCAAACUCCAGGUGAAGCAUCCCCACUUCAACGUACCCACCGGGGAGGACCUUGUGUACCUCCUGGAGUCCCCUGACUAUUGCAAGCGCAAUAACACUGUCGGAUCAUUGGGAACCAAGGACCGUAUUUGUAACAAGACCUCGGAAGGCAUGGACGGGUGUAAUCUGCUCUGCUGCGGGCGAGGAUACAACUCCCAAAAGGUCACCAUUAAGGAGAGGUGUCACUGCAAGUUCCACUGGUGCUGUUAUGUCGAGUGUAAGACCUGUGUCCGCACAGUGGACCUACACACCUGUAAAUGAAAACUGCACUCAGAUGCCAGAGAAUGUAAAUCUCUGUUUGGAGAAAUAAAAUCUGUUGUAUUUAUAAAAUGAGGAAGAACUAUUACCCUCUGAAUAAAGACAAAUAGAAGAAAUAUUCUGAAAAAGAGUCAAGGAAAUACUAAAGUUAAAACUCUGAUGAUUAAGUAAGUGAAGAAGUGAAGCAAUGAAAUGAUGUAUUGAAAAUAAACUUUCUUUAAAUGACACUGAAGUGAAUCAUUGCAAAGAAAGUACCUGAGAAUAAAAUCUGAGCCAAGUGAAAGUGAUAUUAAAUACAUCCAUUCUCUCCAAGCUGCUUCUAUGCUAAAUUCAGUGAGGGCAAAAACUUUUUAACAUAGCUAUUAAGCUUUCCUCACGAUAAAGUACUUAAGUAUUAUGGUGAAAAAAUGUUAUGCCAAUAUGGACAAAACACUGUAGAUACACUGACUAUACUUCCUUAUUUACUGCCAAGUGCAAGUCAAUGGCAUAUCUCAAAACCUGCAAAUGGAAAGGGUCUUAAUGAAUCUCAAAGUGCAAAACCUCUCAGUACUUAGGACAAUAUGUACAUACUGAACAAAAAAUAUUAGACUGAAAGCAAAAGAACCCGUGACUAGUGCAAGCCUGAACACUAAACAUGAGCAACAUGCACUCAAAAAACUGACAGUGAUGUUAUGUGCAAUGACGAAAGAUUAUCCACAUAAAGUUAAGAUCAAAAUAUUUUCCUUUGGAUAUUAUGGGGUCUUUAAAAAAUAUUGUACAGUACAAUGUGUGGUGAAUCUUAAGUGUAAUUACUUCUCUUCGUAGUCAUAAAGGUACUAAGUGGCAGCUUAUAUCUAUUGUACAUUGUAUCUGUAAAUACAAUAUUUAAAUUAGUAGUGAGAUAUCUUGAAUGUAUUGUAGUUUUCAUGUUAAUACUGUAUGUAUCUUUAAGAGACUUUAUCAAUGGUAGGUAGUGUUAAAACCUUCACAGAGCCUGCAUGGCCUGCCUGUCACUCACCUCAAAGUCAAUUUACUUGAACAAAAAAUGUGCACAUAUAACAUACUAAAAUGCCCACACACACACACACACACACACACACACACACACACACACACACACACACUUUUUCAAAAAGGAAAUGGAAAUUUGUGGGUGAUAAAUAUCGUUACAGACAACCAUUAAAACUUGUGAUAUCCAGAUGAUUAGCUUCCAAGUCCAUAAAAAGGGACAAGAUGCAACAAGAAAACAGGCAUGAGUAUACAUAUAACACAAUAUUCUUUAGUACUGAACUUAUAAAAAGUGGUUUGAAACUCAAAAGUCAUUGAAACCUACAUUAAGGUUGGAUGUGUUCUCUAAAGGUUGCAGAUAUUUCUUUAAAAGGAAAAUGAACAAAAUGAAUUAGAGCUAAUAUCAAAUACUAGAACUAUAACAAGUUCUUGAUAAAGCCUGUAUUUCAAACUUUUAAAGAAAGUUGCAUCUUUCAUGUUACAUCCAUGUAUUCAUAAAAGCAAAUAUACUGAACCAGCUGGUGAGAAGCUGAAUGCAGUUAUGCUGUUCCUCCCUUGUGACACUGCCUGUGGGCCACAAAAACAAAAAUGAAAUUGAGAAGUCUGAAAAAUGCUGCUUUAGACAACUAUAUAAGAACAGUGAGUGAUUCACACAUGGCAUGUAGUGUGAAAACAUCAAUACCAACGAGAGUAAAUAUCUAACUUCAGCAACAUAAAAAUGCUCUCAGCAUUUAAAAAAUCCAGCACGAAUGGCAUUUAAUGUUAAUGCCACAAGUAAUUCUGGUAACAUGUAUUUUUAAAAGCUCAUGAAGAACCAACGGCAAAUAUAUUCUAUCUUCAAACUACAAUAACAACUUUUGACUGUUUGUGGCUUACAAUGGAUUGUAAUGCACAAAUUUAUUGUUAUUGGUAGUUUACGGAAGAUAUACUGCCCAAUGACUUACAUGGGCAUUUCGGGUCUCGGAAAUACAUAGUUACGUGUGAAAUGAUAUUUUUCUUAUUAGUUUUUCCAUAUUUGUGUUCUGUAUGUUGGCUCAUAAGGGUACAAUUGCAUGUAGUUCACCAGAUGUAAUGAAAUAUGUAUUAGAAACUUAGUGGGAUCACAAUGAAAUCUACAAAUCAUA